GUAGGGGGGAGAGAGUUGUCAUGGCUGAGGGUAGGGGGGAGAGAGUUGUCAUGGCUGAGGGUAGAGGGGAGAGAGUUGUCAUGGCUGAGGGUAGGGGGGAGAGAGUUGUCAUGGCUGAGGGUAGGGGGGAGAGAGUUGUCAUGGCUGAGGGUAGGGGGGAGAGAGUUGUCAUGGCUGAGGGGUAAGUGUGUAGAGAGUGGUUAUGGCUGAGGAGGGAAGUCAUCAAGGAGAUCAUAUCUAAUAAAGGGAGAGCUUAAUGUGAUAGCACGUGUACGUGGAAUGUUUAGGAUGAAGAGUUGAUGUCGGAAUCGUAUUGCCUGGAGAGUGGUUUAAUGUCAUGGAUGGAGGUCAAAGUGGAUGGAGCUACCAAUGAGUGUUUAAAAGCCAAUGCAACUUCAUGCGGGGAAUGUAUACAAGCUGGUAAGAAUUGUGGAUGGUGCAUGAAAAUAGAUUUUGUGCAGUAUGGAGUACCAAACUCAGUGCGAUGUGAUGAUCGAGAAUCACUUGUGUACCGAGGAUGCCCAAAGCGUUACAUUGAAAGUCCCAAAGGCUCACAAAGAAUAUUUGUCAAUAAAAUUCCGUUCCGCCGUUUGAGUGGUGAGAAGAUGAAACUGGAAGACAUCAUACAAAUUAGACCACAGAAGCUUUCCCUAAAAUUGCGAUCAGGAGAACCACAAAUCUUCCCACUCAAUUUCAAAAGAGCUGAGGACUAUCCUAUUGAUCUAUACUACCUCCUGGACCUUUCUGCUUCAAUGAAAGAUAAUUUGGAAAAUGUAAAGAGGUUGGGAACAGAUUUGGUGAAUGAAAUGAGGAACAUUGUUUCUGAUUUUAGGAUUGGGUUUGGCUCCUUACAUAAAAACACUUGUAAAGCUGGCGAACAGUGUACAAAUCCAUUCAGUUUCCGAAACGUGUUGCCGUUGACCAGUGACAUCGGUAGGUUUAAAGCAGUUGUGAACGAGCAGACUGUGUCUGAAAGCCGAGACCCUGCAGAAGGUGCUUUUGAUGCUAUAAUGCAGAUUGCUGUCUGUGAGAAUGAAAUUGCCUGGCGAAAUGCCACACGCCUCCUCGUCUUCUCUACAGAUUCAGGAUUUAAUUUUGCUGAAGGUGGUGAUAUUGGUAGCGUGUUGCCAAUUGAUGCUGGAUGCCAGCUGAAUCCUCAGGGUUUCUACACAAAGAGUGGCUAUGAUGAUCAUCCAUCCAUUCCUCAUUUGGUACAGAAGCUCACUACCAAUAAUAUUCAGCUCAUUUUUGCUGUUACAAAACAGUCCCAGGCUGUAUAUAAGGCACUCCGUGAUCUCAUUCCAAAAUCUGAAGUAGGGGUUCUGUCAUCCAAUUCAAGCAAUGUAAUUAAGUCAGUCCUCGAUGCUUAUCAUGCUUUAUCUUCUGAGGUUAUCCUAGAGAACAGCAAAUUACCAGAAGGAGUGACGAUAGAUUAUACAGCCCACUGUAAGAAUAAUACUGUCUACAAAGGAGAAGAUGGCAGAAAGUGUUCAAGCAUUCAGAUUGGUGACGAGGUGAGCUUCAACAUACGUAUUACAGCAAACACGUGCCUGGGUAAAGGAAAGAAGGCAACUGUUGAAAUCAAACCGAUAGGUUUCAGUGAGAGGGUCAAAGUUACCCUGAGGGUUAUUUGUGAAUGUGGGUGCCAAGAAUUGGCUGUUGUUAACAGCCCAGAAUGUUACGGGAAUGGAGCGCUUGAGUGUGGAGCCUGCAGAUGUCGUGAGGGACACGUCGGACAGCACUGUGAAUGCGAUAUCAGUGACCUGGAUAGCGAGGAACUGAAUGCUUCCUGCAGGAGAGACCGUACAGCUCCAAUUUGUAGUAACAUUGGAGAUUGCAUCUGUGGGGAAUGUGUCUGCCCAAAGAGGGAAAGUCCUAAUGAAAUCAUCUCAGGCAGAUAUUGUGAAUGUGACAACUUCAGCUGUGAACGAUCCAAUGGUUUAAUUUGUGGAGGAAAUGGUGUAUGCACUUGUGGAUGGUGUCAAUGCCGUGAUAACUUUACUGGCAGUGCCUGUGAGUGCUCACUGGACCAGUCAACAUGUAUUUCAAGGAACGGACAGAUUUGUAAUGGCAGAGGAAUAUGUCAAUGCGGUCGUUGCAAAUGCAUGGAUCAUAUAUACGUAGGCCCUACUUGUGACGUAUGUCCAACUUGUCUUGGACUUUGUGACGUAUACAAGGACUGUGUUCAAUGUAAAGCCUUUGGGAAAGGACCUAAGAAAAAUACAUGUGAUCAGUGCGAGUUUGAAGUGACAUUGGUGGAGCAGUUACCAGAAUCUGAGUCUACUGUUCCUUGCAAGGCAAGGGACGAGGAGGACUGCUGGUUCAUGUACACUUAUUCUCUUUUUGACCAGAAUGUCCCUGUUGUUCACGUCGCUAAAAUCCAAGAAAAUUGCUGAACAGGCCACGGUCACACUGGACGAUCUAAGCCACAGCAACAUCAGAUUGAACACAGCAAAGGACACAGAUCAUUUCUCAGAUGACCAGACUCCAUGAAUAGGAUGUAGCAUCAACUCCAACAAGUGUUCCAUCCUCAGGCAGUGAUCUGCCACAGAGACCUCAGAACCAAUGGAUUAUAUUUCUGAUUGCUGUUGCUUUUAGUUAGAAUACGUAUCCUGGUCGAUUUACAUGACCUUUUUACAAAGAUGUAUUUGAUGGAUAUGUAGCAUUGCCAAUACUGAGAUGGAGUAGUACUGCUCUUUCCUCAUCCUCAGAUUUGCAAUUGCUAAAUGUUGCAGAUUUGUUUAUGAACUGCAGUGUGUAUCCAAUUAUAACCAUGCAGUUUAUCUUAACCAGAAAUCUAUUUAUUCUGACAGUGCACAUUCCGCACAUAUAUUUUAGAUUCCUUAUUUCUAGUUGUGUCUUUCCAAUAGGCAGACAAUACGUCAAUAUUCAGAAGGCAUUUUUUUUAACUGAAAGCAGUAUGACAAAGCAUAAUAAAACGAAAAGCCUCCUGAGUGUGU